UUGCAGCUCCAGCAUGUCAGUGUUCCCAGGAAGAAGCGAAAAGACUUGAAUGCAAGUGCGUGUCUGCCGACCAGUGCUUUGUAUAGGAGACUAAGACAAACGCAGGGCUUGACAUAAUCAAGUGAUUUAAAAUAUAAAUCAGGAUAUAUCAAGAUAAGCGGGAUUUAACUGUUUUUUUUUUUUUAUUUUUAUUUCAACCAUGCUGUGAGAGAUGGAAUGGGACUAACCCCCUGCUAUGUCAACACUUCGCAAAGGCCACUCUCUACUACAUUCUCUGGUUUUCAUGGUUUAAUGUCUGUGGGUGUGCUUCACCAGAGAUGGAGCAGAUGGACUGUAAGCCCUACCAGCCACUGUCAAAGGCCAGGCACGAAAUGGAGCUGGCCUACACAAGUUCCUCGGACGAGAGCGAAGACGGACGAAACAUGAGGAAGUCGUACACCUCCAGAGAAACUCUGCCUGACUACGGCCAGGAGCUGAGGCUGAAUUACAACAGCCACAGCAGGAAAAGGAAGGCAGUCGGUGAACCCACACAAGAAAUGGAGUUCUGUGAGACGCCUGCCCUGAUGCGCCCUGGCUAUCAGUCAGAGCUGCGUGCAGCACCCCAGUUCGCCUACACCAUGGGGUCGGACGUGGACACGGAGACAGAGGGGGGGCCCUCACCAGACCAUGCCCUGCGGCUCUGGAUGAGAGAUAUCAAGUCCGAGCACAGCUCCUGCCUGUCCAGCCGGGCCAACUCUGUGCUGUCCCUGACUGACACCGAGCAGGAGAGGAAGUCAGACGGGGAGAACGAGCUCCCGAGCAGCCCUCGUGGCCAAUUCAACUUCCGUCCGCUUCCCCCACCGCCUCCCCCUCCCCACACGUGCACCUGCAGCCGCCCUGCGCCCCAGCAGCUGGAUCCCAUGCAGAGGAACACCAUGCCAGCGCGCAGUCAGCCCAGCCCAGCUCCCACGGACUCCACAACUCAGCAGGACAACGUGCACCUGCACAACAGCUGGGUCCUCAACAGCAACAUACCACUGGAGACGAGGCAUUUCCUGUUUAAACACGGCUCUGGCUCCUCUGCUGUCUUCAGUUCUGCCGGCCAGAGCUAUCCUCUCACCUCCAACACUGUUUACUCUCCACCUCCCAGACCCCUCCCUCGAAGCACCUUCUCAAGACCCAGCUUUACUUUCAACAAACCGUACAAGUGCUGUAACUGGAAGUGCACUGCACUGAGUGCCACUGCCAUCACUGUAACACUGGCUCUCCUGCUAGCCUAUGUUAUUGCAGUGCACUUGUUUGGCCUAACAUGGCAGCUGCAGCCAGUAGAAACACCUCUGUACGAGAACGGAGUGAGCAAAGAGGGCAAGGGAGCUGAAGCCAUGGAAACCACGUUCUCUCCCGUUGGUGGACCAGGUCCAGACAAGCCUGACCGAAGUGAAGGAGGAGGAAAGACGGUGUUUCAGAGAGGCAGGGCGAUAGACAGAGGAGAAGUGGAUAUCGGAACACAGGUGAUGCAGACCAUCCCUCCAGGUCUCUUCUGGCGCUUUCAUGUAACCAUCCACCACCCGAUGUACCUGAAAUUCAACAUCUCCCUGGCCAGGGAUUCUUUGCUAGGGAUCUAUGGCAGGAGAAACAUCCCUCCUACACAUACUCAGUUUGAUUUCGUCAAGCUGUUGGAUGGCAAGCAGUUGAUUAAACAAGAGACCAAAAGUUCAGAAGAUUCCUAUUUCUCCCCUCGGAAUCUGAUCCUUACAUCCUUGCAGGAGACUGGCUUUAUAGAGUACAUGGACUUGGGAACGUGGCACCUCGCGUUCUACAAUGACGGCAAGAAGAUGGAGCAAGUUUUCGUUCUCACUACCGCCAUAGAAACCAUGGAUGAUUGUUCAACAAACUGCAAUGGGAAUGGAGAGUGCAUCUCCGGACACUGUCAUUGCUUCCCGGGAUUCCUUGGGCCUGACUGUGCAAGAGGGUCACUGUUGUUUUCAGACUCCUGUCCGGUGCUGUGCAGUGGGAACGGGGAAUAUGAGAAAGGCCAUUGCGUGUGUCACUCGGACUGGAAGGGGCCAGAGUGUGAUAUCCCAGAGGACCAGUGCAUCGACCCCACCUGCGAUGACCAUGGAAGCUGCAUCAAAGGAGUCUGUAUCUGCAUCCCUGGCUAUAAAGGAAACAUCUGCGAGCAAGAGGACUGCCUGGACCCGCUGUGCUCUGGCCACGGGGUGUGCGUGCAGGGCGAGUGCCACUGCUCCUCCGGAUGGGCAGGGGCUCGGUGUGAGAGCACGCUCCCUGCCUGUCAGGAGCAGUGCUCUGGACACGGGACCUACCUGCCGGACAAAGGCAGCUGCAGCUGCGAGGCCAGCUGGACUGGGACUGACUGCUCAACAGAGUUGUGCCCUGUGCACUGUGGCAGCCACGGCGUCUGCUCUGGUGGAGAGUGCCAGUGCGAGGAAGGUUGGGAAGGUUCCGGCUGCAGUCGGCGUACGUGCCACCCACGCUGCGUCGAGCACGGGCACUGCAAGGAUGGCAAGUGUGAGUGCAGCCCUGGCUGGGAGGGGGAGCACUGCACCAUCGCUCAAUACUUGGAUGUUAUUGUUAAAGAUGGCUGCCCAGGUCUGUGCAAUGGUAAUGGGAGGUGCACCCUAGACCAGAACGGCUGGCAUUGUGUAUGCCAGACAGGCUGGAGUGGCACGGGAUGCAACAUCAUCAUGGAGAUGGUGUGUGAUGACAGCGUGGACAAUGAUGGAGAUGGUCUGAUGGACUGUGUUGAUCCUGAUUGCUGCCAGCAGUCCAGCUGUUACAGCGGGCCUCUCUGUCAGGGCUCCCCUGACCCCCUCGACCUCAUCCAGCAGAGCCAGCCAUCCUUCUCCCAGUUCCCCUCACGGCUGUUCUUCCAGAGAACCCGAUUCCUCAUCGGCAGGGACAGCACUCACGUCCUCCCCGGGGACGUCCCCUUUGACAGCAGCCGAGCCUGUGUGAUCCGUGGUCAGGUGGUCGCUGUGGACAGCACUCCCUUGGUUGGCGUCAAUGUCAGCUUCCUACGCCAUGUUGAUUAUGGAUACACCAUCAGCCGACAGGAUGGCAGUUUUGAUCUGAUGGCUGUUGGAGGGAUUUCUGUCACCCUGAUCUUUGAGCGCGCUCCCUUCAUCACGGAAAGACGGACGCUCUGGUUGCCAUGGAACCAGUUUGUUGUGGUGGACAAGGUGGUCAUGACGAGAGUGGAGACUGCAGAGCUGACUUGUGAUGUUAGCAACUUCAUCAGCCCCUACCCGAUCGUCCUGCCUUCCCCGCUGACCAUAUUCGCAGGAUCCUGUUCUGAAAGAGGCCCGGCUGUCCCUGAACUGCAGGCUGUGCAGGAGGAGAUCACCAUCCCUGGCAGCUUUGUGAAGCUCAGCUACCUCAGCACCCGCACCCCUGGCUACAAAUCCCUGCUGAGGAUUAUCCUCACGCAUUCGCUGGUGCCUACGGGGCUCGCCAAGGUGCAUCUGACAGCUUCCAUUGAAGGACGUCUCCUCCAGAGAUGGUUCCCAGCCACUCCCAACCUGACGUUCACCUUCGCCUGGAACAAGACUGAUAUCUAUGGGCAGAAGGUGUCCGGCCUGACCGAAGCAAUAGUGUCAGUCGGGUAUGAAUAUGAAGCAUGCCCUGACUUAAUUGUGUGGGAGAAGAGGACUGCCCUCUUGCAGGGCUUUGAGAUGGAUGCAUCCAAUCUGGGAGGGUGGUCUUUGGACAAGCAUCACAUCCUGAACCUGCAGAGCGGGAUUUUGCACAAAGGCAAUGGAGAGAACAUCUUCAUUUCCCAGCAGCCUCCAGUCAUCACCACAGUCAUGGGUAAUGGCUACCAUCGCAGUAUACCCUGCCCAAACUGCAAUGGUCCUGUCCAAGGAAGCAAGCUCUUUGCUCCUAUUGCGGUGGCCUGUGGCCCCGAUAGCAGUGUCUAUGUCGGAGACUUUAAUUUCAUCAGGAGGAUACUUCCAUCUGGCUAUGCUGUCACCAUUUUAGAACUGAGAAACAGAGACACAAGACACAGCACCAGCCCAGCUCAUAAGUACUACUUGGCUGUGGACCCAGUCAAUGAAUCCCUGUACCUGUCCGAUACAAGCAGCAGAAAGAUACUGAGGGUGAAGUCCCUCACUGAACCCAAGGACCUUGCCAAGAACUUUGAAGUGGUGGCAGGGACGGGUGACCAGUGCCUUCCCUUUGACCAGAGCCAUUGCGGGGAUGGCGGAAAGGCAUCUGAAGCCUCUCUCAACAAUCCAAGAGGUAUUGCCGUCGACAAAAAGGGUUUCGUAUACUUUGUCGAUGGAACGAUGAUUCGGAAGAUUGACGAGAGUGGCGUGAUCACAACUGUAAUUGGUUCCAACGGCCUGACAUCAACCCAGCCACUGAGCUGUGACUCUGGAAUGGACAUCUCUCAGGUCCGUCUGGAAUGGCCAACAGAUUUAGCAGCAAACCCUCUGGACAAUUCGCUGUACAUUCUGGACAACAACAUCGUGAUCCAGGUUUCGGAGAAAGGCCGCGUCAGGAUUGUGGCGGGACGUCCCAUACAUUGCCAAGUCCCUGGAAUGGAUCAUUAUCUGGUGAGCAAAGUGGCUGUGCACUCCACCCUGGAGUCAGCAAGAGCCCUCGCCGUGUCCGAACACGGGGUUCUGUACAUAGCGGAGACGGACGAGAGGAAGAUCAACCGCAUCCAGCAAGUCACAACCAACGGGGAAAUCUCCGUCAUCGCUGGAGCGCCGACAGAGUGUGACUGCAAGAUUGAUCCCAACUGCGACUGCUUUUCAGGCGAUGGUGGAUAUGCCAGGGAUGCCAAGCUGAAAGCCCCCUCCUCCAUGGCAGUGUCUCCAGAUGGCACGCUGUACAUCGCAGACCUGGGCAAUGUCCGGAUCCGAGCCAUACGCCACAACCAGCCUCAGCUGAACCGCAUGCACAUGUACGAGAUCGCCUCCGCGGCAGAUCAGGAGCUCUAUCUCUUCAGCACUAACGGGACCCACCUCCACACACUCAACCUUAUCACCGGGGACUACAUUUACAACUUCACCUACAGCGGGGAGCAGGAUCUCAGCACCAUCAUCAGCAGCAAUGGAAACUCGGUGCACAUCCGGAGGGAUGCCAACGGGGUGCCCCUCUGGCUGAUGGUGCCUGGAGGGCAGGUCUACUGGCUCACCAUUAGCAACAACGGGGCCCUGAAGAGGGUAUCCGCCCAGGGCCACGACCUCGCACAGAUCACCUACCAUGGCAACAGCGGUCUCCUAGCAACCAAGAGCAAUGAAAACGGAUGGACCACAGUUUACGAGUACAAUGCUGAAGGUCACCUGAUCAACGUGACCUUUCCUACCGGAGAGGUCAGCAGUCUCCAGAGCAACACGGAGAAGUCUGUGCUAGUGGAAGUGGACACUUCAAACAAGGAGAGCUUUGUCACCGUCACCAACUUCUCAGCAACCAACACCAUCUAUACACUGCGGCAAGACCAUGCACAGAACACCUACCGUGUGAGUGCAGACGGCUCUCUGCGCGUGACCUUCGCCAGCGGCAUGGAGCUGACCCUGAACACGGAGCCGCACAUCUCUGCGGGGGUGGUGAACCCCACCGUGGGCAAGUGCAACAUCACCUUGCCCGGCGAGCACAGCCCCAGCCUGAUCGAGUGGAGGCAGCGGCGAGAGCAGGCCAAGAGGAACUACACGGCCUUCGAGAGGCGCCUCAGGGCUCAUAACAGAAACCUGCUGUCCAUCGACUUCGAUCAGGCAACAAGAGUGGGCAAGAUCUACGACGAUCACCGCAAGUUUACCCUUCGGAUUCUUUAUGAUAAAAUGGGCCGCCCCGUGCUCUGGUCCCCGAGCAGCAAGUACAACGAGGUGAAUGUCACUUACUCUCCUGCUGGGCUGCUGACCAGCAUUCAAAGGGGGAACUGGUCAGAGCGACUGGAGUAUGAGAACGGGAGGAUAGUUUCUAGGAUGUGGGCUAAUGGCAAAAUAUGGAGCUACACUUUCCUGGAGAAGUCUGUAAUGCUGCUUCUGCACAGCCAGCGAAGGUACAUCUUCGAGUACGAUCAGACUGACCGCCUCGUUUCCAUCACUAUGCCCAGCAUGGUGCGGCACAGCCUCCAGACCAUGUUGUCCGUGGGAUACUACAGGAACAUCUACACCCCCCCUGAUAGCAGUGACGCGGUGAUGCAGGACUACAGCCGUGAUGGGAGGUUGCUACAGACACUGUACCUGGGGACGGGCCGCCGAGCCCUCUACAGAUACACUAAGCAGUCCAGGUUGUCCGAGAUCCUGUACGAUACCACCCUGGUGACCUUCACCUACGACGACUCCUCUAGUGUGGUUAAAACAAUCCACCUGAUGCAAGAGGGCUUCAUCUGCACCAUCAGAUACAGGCAAACAGGUCCUCUGAUUGGUCGGCAGAUCUUCAGGUUCAGCGAGGAAGGUCUCGUGAACGCACGCUUUGACUACAGCUACAACAACUUCCGGGUCACCAGCAUGCAGGCAAUGAUCAACGAGACUCCUCUCCCGAUUGACCUCUACCGCUACGUUGAUGUCUCGGGACGGACGGAGCAGUUCGGGAAAUUCAGCGUUAUCAACUAUGAUCUGAACCAGGUCAUUACCACGCAUGUGAUGAAGCACACCAAGAUAUUCAAUGCCAAUGGCCAAGUGAUAGAGGUCCAGUACGAAAUCCUCAAAUCCAUAGCUUAUUGGAUGAUCAUCCAGUACGACAACAUGGGCCGUACCGUUAUCUGUGACAUCAGGGUCGGCGUGGACACCAACAUCACCAGGUACUCCUAUGAAUACGAUGCGGACAGCCAGCUUCAGACCGUGUCGGUCAACGACAGGCCGCAGUGGCGCUACAGUUAUGACCUAAACGGAAACAUCAACCUGCUCAGUCACGGCAACAGCGCCCGCCUCACUCCACUGAGGUAUGACCUUAGAGACCGCAUCACCAGGUUAGGGGAGAUCCAGUACAGAAUGGAUGAAGACGGCUUCCUCAGAAUGAGAGGCAGCGACGUCUUUGAAUACAAUUCCAACGGGCUCCUGAGAAAAGCUUACAACAAAGGGUCUGGCUGGAGUGUGCAAUACCGCUACGACGGCCUUGGACGAAGAGUGGCGAGCAAGUCGACCCUGGGGCCUCCCCUCCAAUUCUUCUACGCCGAUCUCACACAGCCCACCAGGGUGACCCACAUGUACAACCACUCCAGCUCUGAGAUAACAUCCCUGUACUACGACCUUCAAGGGCACCUCAUAGCCAUGGAGCUGAGCAGCGGGGAAGAAUACUAUGUCGCUUGUGAUAACUCCGGAACGCCCCUGGCUGUGUUCAGCAGCAAAGGCCAGAUCAUCAAGGAACUCUUGUACACACCCUAUGGAGACAUAUAUCAGGACUCCAAUCCCGAUUUCCAGAUUGUGAUUGGUUUCCACGGCGGCCUCUACGAUCCUUUAACCAAACUGGUGCAUCUUGGGAGAAGGGAUUAUGAUGUCAUAGCAGGAAGAUGGACCACUCCAAACUACGAUUUGUGGGCGGAGCUGAACCGCAUCCCCAAACCUUUCAAUUUUUACUCUUUCAAAAACAAUUACCCAGUCGGGUACUUCCAGGAUGUUACCCAGUACACAACAGACAUUGGCAGCUGGCUCCACUUAUUUGGAUUUCAGCUUCACAACGUGGUGCCGGGGUUCCCCAAACCUGAUGUCCAAAGCAUGGAGCAGACCUACGAGCUGAUGCAAAUGCAGACCAAGACACAGGACUGGGACCCCAGCAAGGUGGUUCUCGGCAUUCAGUGUGAGCUCCAGAAACAGCUGAGAAGCUUCAUCUCAUUGGAUCGCCUCCCCAUGACCCACUUCGGAGAAGGUCAAGAUUGCCAGGACAGGAGCCCUAGGUUUUCCGCCAUGCCUUCUGUUUUUGGGAAAGGAGUGAAGUUCGCUAUAAUGGAUGAGAUUGUGACGGCCAAUAUCAUUGGGGUGGCCAAUGAAGACAGCAGACGCAUCGCAGCCAUCCUCAACAACAGCAUUUACCUGAAGGGCCUCCACUUCACCAUCGACGGGAGCGACACCCAUUACUUCAUCAAGUCUGGUCCCUUGGAAGAGGACCUGGCUGUGAUUGGCAACACUGGGGGAGGCCGCAUUUUAGAGAACGGCAUCAACGUCACUGUGUCCCAGAUGACCUCCGUUGUGAACGGAAGGACUAGACGGUUUGCGGACAUCCAGCUCCAGCACGCCACCUUGUGCUUCAACGUCCGCUAUGGGGCCACUGUAGAAGAAGAGAAGGGUCACGUCUUAGAAAUGGCCAGGCAAAGGGCGGUCACGCAGGCCUGGACUAAAGAGCAGAGGAGGCUGCAGGAGGGGGAGGAAGGCGUUAGGGCGUGGACAGAGAGCGAGAAACACCAGCUGCUGAGCACCGGUAGGGUGCAGGGCUAUGAUGGCUACUUUGUGUUGUCUGUGGAGCAGUAUCUAGAGCUUGCUGACAGUGCCAACAACAUUCACUUCAUGAGACAGAGUGAAAUAGGAAGGAGGUAACAGCGACGACAGACUGCCUGACGUUCCUUCACCAAAGACUGCCUGUUUGUAGACAUUCAAUGAUUUAUUUUUUCUAGAAUAAUAACUAUAGUAUGAACAACACCGACAACAAAAACUGGAAAAACCAUUUCCAACCGCCUUUAAAUGUGACAAAUGAUGGUAUUUUACUAUUGUUUCAUUGGGAGUGUCUUUAUCAUGGUGGCACAUGCUUUCAAGGCUUGUGGGUUGAGGUGGUAAUUCAAAUAUGGCCUCAAUUUGACCAGAAUUUGAUUUCAGGGUGAUACACAUACUGGAAGUGCCCUGAUUUUCAUUGUUUUCCACAGUGAAAUUUUCCCAAUUCUGAUGUCAUAAUGUAAAUUAAUAGUAUUUCUUCUUCAAAUAAACAAGUUUCUGAAAACCAAACUAGCACAUUAAAUGUGUUAUAUUCAGGUAAAAAGGAACAGUGGCUUUGUCGUUGACUAAACUUUCAAAAAUAUAUUUUCGGCAGUAAAAGUCUGCAUGAGAUUAUACAAGAUUUAAGAAAAAAAAAAAAAAACGUAACUCCAAACUUCAUCACUCAAGCCUUUAAAAACAGUUUCGGUGUUUCACGUUACAGUCAAUGUCGGUUGAUUUCAGUUUCAGACCAAAAAUAUUUUUGCUGUAAAUAAAUAAAUAAAAAAACUCAAGUAAGGCCAUACAGUAUGGUGAUUGCUACCCUGCCUUGUUUUAUGGCAAAUGUAAUUUGUGUGUGCACCCAAAACCCCGCAAGUUUUGCUCACCAUAGUGAUGAGAGUGUGUUCUCCCUCCAGCAAGUCAAGCCUCUUCAUGUAUUUUUAAAUUGUAACAGUGAUCUACAGUAUUUACACGAGUCAAAAAGAAAGUGAAAAUAGCAAGUGCUUUAAAGAGAAACAAACAGAGCUGACAUGGACCACACGUCGUCACCCAUCAUUAAGUGUCAACGUCGCUGCUUAUAACCCACAGAAGCAGUCACGUUUUUGCAAACUGUACCUGUUACAGAUGCAGAGAUCCACGCUCAAAACUUUAUAGAGGUUACUUUUCAACAAAAUUAUGAAUGCAUUAUAGUACAGAUACAGUUCAGAUCUGUGUAUUAUUGGAAUAUAGUGCAUUGUUGGGGUGGAGCUUGUGCCUUUUUGUUAAAAAUCAAUAACACACGGAAGCACUAUUAGUCAUGGCCAGAGAAUGUGCCGUACCGAAUGCUUCGCAUAGAUAUUCCGCACGACUUCUGCCCGUGAACUGGAAAGGGCAGUUCAGUGAAGCUUUUCAUGUGCUGCGACCUGCAGCAAAGUAGCAUCAAGUCCAGAAGACUGAAUCAGAGCACCUGGGCCAGGCCAGGCUGGUUACUAGCAGGAAACUGUACCUUUCUGUCUACUGGAUCCCAUGUGUCUACAAUAUGAAAGGCCCUUUAUGCAUUGCAUUUUAUAAAAAAGAUAUUGAAGUAAAAAAUGUAUGAUCAGAUUCUUUUACUGUAUUUUUUUUAUUGUUAUUUCAUUAUUUAGCAGAUGCUUUUAUCAAAAGCGA